CUUUCAGAAUCAAGCACGAUUUUCAAUCGAUGAAGCUCAAGAGGUGCUUUCAUGGAUUGAACAAGUCACAAAUGUACAAUUUCCAACUGAUCCUUUAACACUGCAGUCGGCACAAGACGUGGCUGAAGCACUCAAAGAUGGUGUUCAACUCUGCGAACUGAUGAAUGAUCCAAAUGCUUUACCGUACAAUCGAAACCCUAAAAUGCCAUUUCAUAAGGUUUGUGUUUAA